ACAGACAGGCAGACUCUGCCUCAGCUGCUCCUGGUUUCCACACUGAACAUGAAACUUUAUGAGAAACUCUUUGAAGAAAAAGAAACGCGUUGGCCACCACAGACCGAGUUUCCAUCGUGGAAAAGUUUCACUCAGACGGCCUCCAGCAUCUGACAGAGAGCUGGUGUUUGUACUGCUCUCUAACGGGGAAUCUUUCAUUUUUGCUCGUGUAAUAGUGAGCUCUACAUUUAUCCUCUUAUUGAAGUGUCAGGGCUCGUGCAAACGUUUCCUCGUCCUGUGGACACGAGACAGCAAAGAAAAGGUCGACUCUUGUCUGAACACAGGCUGAAAGGAUGACCGAAGGGCGUCACAGGAAGAGGAAGUGGGAGGCAGAAAUAGAGCAGAUAAUGUGUUAAAUAUUAAGUGACAAAUAAGUAAAAAGUACUAAAAUAAAAUAAAAUCAGUGAAAAGCAGAAAUGGUUUUAAAAUGAUUUAAAAGCGCUCCGUUCGAGUUGCUGAUUGUUACUAGUAGCUUUUGCCGUCUCUGUCAAAUCAUCUCUCUUCCUGAAUGGAACCAGCCCGCAGUGAGCUGGAUGUUCGUGUUGGAACGCGGCCUGCGCGCUGUUGCUUGGCGACGGAGAAACUUUGGGCCGGCAGCGACGGAAGCGAACUUUGUUUUACGUGCCGUGAGUUUGUGUUGAUGUCUGCGUGUGUUUUACCUUUUCACUCAGAGCGGAGUGUCGAUAGAAAAAGACUGAAAGGCAGCCACCUCAGACUGUGACAGGAAGUGACUUUAGUCAAUGAAAUCAAAAAAGAAGACGAUGGUUAUUAAAUGUAAUAACAUGACAAACCCAGCAGGACUUUGUGGUGUUUGACUGACGGGUGAAGAUGAGCGCAGCAGCAACACAGAAACACUCAGCGCCUUUUCUACCACAAAUCACUGCCAACAGCAACAGACGGAGGGGAAGCACACAGUACAGGAUGAGGCAGGAGAAGGACGCCCACCAAACUGCAUCAGUAUCAGGUCACUCGGCGCCGAUCCUCUCCAAGGCAGAAACUGCGCAGUGAGUCCACACAUUUACACCCUGACUCACUCACUGAUGGUCAGCUGAGGUUCAGGAGCAGCCUAAAGCAGAACACCUGUGUGGAGAUGCUUCAAGAAGGCUAUCACAGGUCCUUCUCUGAGCUCUUCUGCCUGCUGAGCUCUGAUCAGGAUCGGAGGGCAGCGGCUGAACCAGGAUCAGCUGUCAGGCUUCAGACUCCACUGGAGGAACAACGGGACAAAGUGGAGACCAUUAGACUGCACCUGAGCCAGUCCGAGGAGGCUGAAAGGAAGGGUUCCUGGUCAACAGCGUGUGAGCAGCGUCUGUUUUUGGGUCAGUACUUCUCGGCUCCAGAGGAUCUCUGGCUCAGUUUGCACUUUUACCACAGCUGUACAGACAGAGAGCAAGGACGCCACUCGAGACUGUCCACCGAGGCCCGGGCAUGCAUGGCUGAGCUCUACCUGCAGCAAGGUGAGCUGGAGCAGGCGAGGCAGCAGGUGGAGCUGUGCAUCAAGCAGGCGCGGGACCGCAGCUGUGUAGACUCAGCCGGUCGGCCCCUGAGGCUCCGGGCCCUCCAAACGCUGUGGAGGAUCUACAGCCGUUUGGCCGACGUGCAGCUGGACGCCGCAGACUACAGCGAGGCCCUGACGCUGCUCCACAAAGGCUACAGCACGGCUGCUGAGUCUGAAGACAAACAGAUCGAAGGGGAGGCCACCUAUCGACUGGGACUGACCUAUCAGAGGGCAGGAGACCAUGACACAGCCAAACAGUUCUUCAACACGUGUAUGCAGAUUUACGGGACACUGCAGGAUGCCGACGGGCUGGGGAAGGCCUACAGGGCCAUGGCCAAGUGUAUGGAGAGUGAGGGAAACGUGCAUGAGACAGUGCAGUGUCUGGAGACGUUAGCCGACAUCUCCCGUAGCAACGGACUGCAACACACCCUGGCGGACGCCUACCUGUGUCUGGGCAGCAUCUACUAUAAGACGAGUCGGUACAGGAGGGCCUGUGAGUUCUUCCUGCGGGGUUACGAAGCCGCCUGUGUCCUCGAAGACGCCGCCCUGCUUCAGAAAGCGCAGGUGUUGGUGGCCAGUGCUCGCGCUCACGCCCUCAUCGGGAAGUACAACGACGACGUGGAGUCGGCCACGCCCGCCGCCCUGCGACGACUGCUGGCCUGGAAAGAGUCCAGAGUACAUCAGGAACUCGACACAGACCCUGCAGAUAAUACUACUACUGCCUGCUCCUAACAGUACAUAAAUAUAUGCAGUACAUAAAUCCUGAGGGCUGCAGGCUGGUUUGGUGUGUGUGUGUCAUACUGUGUGUGUGUCUGAUGUAAUCUCAUUCCCGUGUGUUAAAUUUGUGACAGAAUUAAACCAUAAGACGUGUAAAA